AUGCGCGGAGAUGCUAUGCGUGGUUUGGCCGUGUUUAUUUCGGAUAUUCGAAAUUGUAAAAGUCGUGAGGCGGAACUACGACGAAUCAAUAAAGAAUUAACUAAUAUUCGACAAAGAUUUCGAGCCGAUAAAACUCUUGAUGGAUAUCAGAAGAAGAAAUAUGUAUGCAAAUUAUUGUUUAUAUUUCUGCUUGGUCACGACAUCGAUUUUGGAUAUAUGGAAGCAGUUAAUUUAUUAAGUUCAAAUAAAUAUACUGAAAAACAAAUUGGCUACUUAUUUAUUUCGGUGAUUAUGAAUUCAAGCACGGAAAUGAAACAAUUGAUCAUUCAAAAUAUUCGAAAUGAUCUACAAAGUCGCAAUCCGAUAUUUAUUAAUCUAGCUUUGCAAUGCGUUGCAAAUAUUGGAGAUCGAGAGAUGGCAAUUGCAUUUACAAAUGACAUUCCACGAUUACUUAUUUCAGGAGAUACAUUGGAUGCCGUCAAACAAUCAGCUGCACUUUGUCUCUUAAGAUUACAUCGCACAAGUUCAGAUUCAUUGCAAUUAAAUACUGAAUGGACAGCGAGAAUUAUACAUUUAUUGAAUGAUCAACAUUUAGGCGUUGCUACAGCAGCGGUUAGCUUGAUCGACGCAUUGGUAAAACGAAAUCCCGAUGAAUACAGAGGAUGCGUUAAUUUAGCUGUGUCACGUUUAAGCAGAAUUGUCACUUCGUCAUAUACUGAUUUUCAAGAUUAUACGUAUUAUUUUGUACCAGCACCAUGGCUCUGUGUCAAGUUGUUGCGUUUAUUGCAAAAUUAUCCUCCGCCUGAAGAUCCAUCGGUUCGAAGUCGGUUAAACGAAUGUCUUGACACGAUACUCAAUAAAGCUCAAGAACCAUUGAAAUCAAAGAAAGUUCAACAUUCUAAUGCACGCAAUGCUGUCUUAUUCGAAGCAAUUAAUCUCAUUAUUCAUAUGGAUUGUGAGUCGAGCUUAUUAGUACGUGCUUGCAAUCAACUUGGUCAAUUCUUACAAAAUCGCGAAACUAAUCUCCGAUAUCUUGCUUUGGAAAGUAUGUGUUUGUUGGCAGCAUCUGAAUUUUCACACGAAGCAGUUAAAAAACAUCAAGAGACAGUGAUCAAUGCUUUGAAAAGUGAACGUGACGUCAGUGUACGGCAACGUGCUGUUGAUCUUCUCUAUGCUAUGUGUGACCGUUCGAAUGCCCAAGAUCUUGUUCAAGAAAUGUUGGCCUAUCUCGAAACGGCAGAUUAUACAAUUCGAGAAGAAAUGGUACUUAAAAUUGCUAUUUUAAGCGAGAAGUAUGCAGUUGACUACAGCUGGUACCUCGACGUUAUGCUGAAAUUGAUUCGUAUCGCUGGUGAUUUCGUUUCGGAAGAAGUAUGGUAUCGAGUAAUACAAGUCGUAGUCAAUCGAGCAGAUGUACAAAGUUAUGCAGCUAAAAUCGCAUUUGAAGCAUUACAAGCACCCGCUUGCCACGAAAAUAUGGUGAAAGUAGGUGGAUAUAUUCUCGGUGAAUAUGGAAACUUGAUCGCUUUGGAUCCACGAUCGACACCGAUGAUACAAUUUAAUUUGCUUCAUUCAAAAUAUCAUCUAUGUUCUCCAGCAACACGUUGUUUGAUUUUAUCAACAUACAUGAAAUUUAUGAAUUUAUUUCCGGAAAUCAAACAUCAUAUUCAAGAGAUUCUUCGACAUGAUUCGAACUAUCGCAGUUCGGAUGUGGAAAUCCAACAACGUGCUACUGAAUAUCUUCGAUUGAGCGAAAUAUGCAAUCCAACUGUAUUAGCUACAAUUCUUGAAAUCAUGCCACCAUAUCCAGAAAAACAAUCACCAUUGUUAGUACGAUUGAAGCAAAAGAAACCGCUAAUGGAGGCAAAUGGUGCCACCGAAUCACAACCAGUCACUUCCGGAAAUACUGAUGACGGACCGAAACUUACCGAAACAGCAAUACAUUUAAGUCAACAAGCACAACAUCAGAAUGGUCUUCUUGUAUCAUUGGAUACACCAGAAUCGAAUGGUCAUCACGAAGAAUCUACUUCUCAUCAUUCAUUAUCAACAAAGAAAUUCUUAUUCAAAAACAGUGAUAUCAUAUUUGAGAAUGAAUUAAUUCAAGUCGGAAUCAAAGGUGAAUCAACCAAGAGCACAAUGAGAAUUGAAUUAUAUUAUGGCAAUAAGACGAAUUCUCAUCUUACUCAUUUCUCGGCAGAUAUUUUCACACCAGGAGAUUUGCAAACAGCACUUCGAAUGAAUUUUGAACCGAUCAAAUCUACCAUUGAUCCAAAAGCACAGAUCAAACAAACAGGAACAAUUGAUUGCAUCAAAGAUUUUGCUGAUUUACCAACAAUGAACAUUUCAUUUCUUCAUAACAACAUGCUACAGAAAAUCGAUUAUGCAUUCCCAUUAUAUUUGAAUAAAUUUAUCGAGAAAGCCGAGAUGGAUUCAAACAAUUUCUUUCUUCGAUGGAGAAAUCUUGACAAACCAAAUCAAGAAUGUCAGAAAAUUUUUCCAGCCAAAUUUCCAAUGGUAUACAACGACUGCAAUCAAAAGCUGGAAGAUUUCGGCUGGAGCAGUUUAGUUGGUAUUGAUGUAAAUGCGGAGAAUUUCUGUGGAGCUGGUAUUAUUAAUACUUCAACACAACCAAUUGGCUGUCUCUAUCGACUCGAACCGAAUAAACAAGCGAAAAUGUACCGUUUAACCAUUCGGACAAGCAAAGAAGGUGUUGCAAAUCGAUUAACAGAAUUACUCGAAGAUCAAUUUUAA